CGUCAACUUGGUCGCCACAGAGGGACUCUGUUCGACUUCUUUCUGGCCUGUGGCUGCUGAUAUCAGUCAUCUUGGUUCUAGUUCGUUGUAACCUGAAGGCGAUGCUCAUCAUGCCCAAGGUCGCUCCACCCGGCUCCCUGCUCCACCGAGUCAACGACCGGCUCACACUCCACACUAGCCCGCCUCUGGCAAUGAAGGAAAGCAGUGCUGGAAAAUAUGUUAUCGUCGCCACUGAUUACGUAAUGAGAUCUCUUUUUCACGAUAUGUUCUCAAUGGCAAAUUCCUGUCCCAUGUAUAUUGCGUCUGAGCCUAUCUACACUGGAAUAUCUUCUGGCUUCGCAUUUCCCAAGGGCUCGCCUCUCAAACACGUGCUGGACCCAAUUCUCAGAAGACUUCUGGAAUUUGGCAUCAUCGAACAUUUGUAUCUUUCUGCAGUACGUAAUGGAACCGUUUGUUUUACACCUGAGUCCUUCACCAGACCCAAAAACAGCCUCCGGCCACUGGAACUGGAGGACUUUUAUGGCGUCUUCGCUGUUUAUGCCGGAGGAAUGUUGUUGGCGUCUGUGGUGCUGCUGGUGGAAGUGGCUCUCAAGGGUCACCAGGCACUCAAAGGUCGGCCUGAACUACAACACUGACUUGGGGUCGGUCAGUGGCGUUACUGCUGGAAACAUCAAAGGGCAUGUGCGAUCAUCACAUUAAGUGAAGAAAUAAAAUCCUUUUUUGUUACUGGAAAAGUUAUGAAGUAUAUUAGUAAAUUAUCUUAGAUAGAUUUAUUUGUGUUUAACAUUUAUGAGCAAAAUAAAACGCUUUGAAGGCUUUAA